GUAGCUGAGGUGAGGGUGCCAGGCCGCGUUGCCGUGCUGCUUGUCCCAGUGGUACUGGUUAGCGACGUGCUGCUCGAUCCCGUUGCGCCGGGGCCCAUGCACGUGGGCCCUGGUGUGCUCAGCAAGGUCGUGAUGCACGACUCUCUGGUGAUCGUUGCCGUGCUGCAUGUCGCGGUGGUGCUGGUCAGCGACGUGCCCUUCGACUCCGUUGUGCUGGAGCCCGUCGUGCUCAUCGACGUCGUGCUACUGGUCUCAUUGUUGCUCGUUGCCGUGCCGUUUGUCUUGGCGGUGCUGGUCGGCGGCGUGUUGCUCAGCCCCGUUGUGCUUGGGCCAGUGGUGUUGGGCCUUAUUGUGCUCGUCAGCGUAGCGCUGCUCGUCCCACUUGUGCUCGUCGCCGAGCUGCUUGUCUCCGCGGCGGAGAAGAGCGACUAA